CGCGCAUGCGCCGAGGAGGAUGCUAUCAGUCCGACACGAUCCUCAUGACGCGGUAGCAGCGGGCAGCUGGAUAAGAGCUCAGAUUCCAGGUAAAUAUGGCAGUGGAGAAGCGCCUCGCUUUCUCUAUUGUGCAGUUCCUACGAGAUCAAACACAUUGCGGUGCUUUAAAUUCUGAUGAGCAGGAAAGCCUCGAAGUCGCCAUACAGUGUUUGGAGACCACCUUUAAGAUCAGCUCCAGUGACUGCCACCUCGCUGUGCCACAGCCUCUCAGAGAGAUAUUUCUUAACGCUCUGCUCAAGAAUGACAACCUAACCAUACCAGAGACCUCCCCAUCUCCAGAAGACACCGAGCGAGCAGAGCAACUUAAGAAUGAAGGGAACAAUCACAUGAAGGAAGAGAACUACAGAUGUGCGGUGGAGUGCUACACAAAGGCCAUUGAUCUGGACCUAAGAAACGCUGUGUACUACUGCAAUAGGGCUGCAGCUCACAGUAAACUGGGAAAUUAUACAGAGGCAACUGGUGACUGUGAGAGAGCCAUUGGGAUUGAUCCUUCCUACAGCAAAGCUUAUGGACGGAUGGGGUUGGCUUUGACAGCAAUGAACAAGUAUCCAGACGCAAUUUCCUAUUUCAAGAAAGCUUUGGUAUUGGACCCCGAGAACGAUACUUACAAGUCCAACCUGAAGAUCGCAGAGCAGAAGCAAAAAGAAGCAACCAGUCCAAUAGCUGCUGGGCUGGGAUUUGACAUGGCUAGUUUAAUCAACAACCCUGCCUUCAUCAGCAUGGCUGCGAGCGUGAUGCAGAACCAACAAGUGCAACAGCUUAUGUCAGGAAUGAUGACUAACGCAGUCGGGGGUCCCGCAGCAGGAGUGGGGGGGCUGUCAGACAUCUCCAGCUUGAUUGAAGCGGGACAGCAGUUUGCCCAGCAGAUCCAGCAGCAGAACCCAGAGCUGAUCGAACAGCUAAGGAACCACAUCCGGAGCCGCUCGUUCAGCGGCAGCGCGGAGGAGCACUCGUGAGCUACUCAGACUGAUAUUUUUCCAAGGAAGGGCAACCACAUGGCGCGUUUACAAUCUCCACACCCAUUUCUUCAAGUCAAAUCCCUGGCAUAGCUGGAAUGAAGGGACAUAGAUGGGGUUGAAGGCACUUUACUGUGACUACAGGCUCUGGAGGGGAGAGAUGAGGGGCCUGGAGACUGGACCAAUGAAACGCAACACUCCACACAUUUAAGGCCAAACUUAUUAAAAUAGCCAAGAACGCAGGCGGCCUACUGACAGAACAUGAGUCAAUUCUUUCUUCAGAGCUUCUACAUUCUGCAGAGAUCGUGCUGAAAAUACUGCUCUCUUCAUUUUAUGAGUUCAGAAUCCUUCCGUCUACUAAAGCGAGGGUUGGGAAUGUACUUUUACAGCAUUACAGGGAACAUGUCAGCUUUUUCCACAUACGAUAAUGUAGGACAUCAGGUUUACCUUGUUCCUAUUACAUCCUGUUUAAUAUUAUUUUUGUAGAAGAACACGCUGUGCUUGUUUAUAGAGUAACAGAUCAGUCGGUCCUUGAACAUAUAGGACUCGUAUCACUGCUUUUCAAUGAGUACUACUUAACAUUUGACUAAAACAACUGUGUAAUUGUAUAGCAGUGUUUGCAGCCUGCUUAUAUCCUUAUUGCACUUUAGAAAAAUAAUUAUCCCCUGUUUAAGCCUAUUGUUCUUUAACUAGACACAACGUAUGUACAUUUUGCAUGCUCUUAAAUCUGGCAUUUGAAAUCAAAUGCUUUAUGGAAACAUACAGUAGGUAAGAUAAAGCAACACAAUGUUUUGUCUGAACAUGUGAAUAAAUGUCUUGAAGUUG